AUGACGAGUGUCUCCCAAACCCCCAGGACUCGGUUCCUACACAAAGUCUAUAGACAGUCUUCGGAAAACACCAAACGUCGAGAGGAACCUGACACUUACUCCUGGCUUUGGUACUGUCCUGAAUGUAAUUCGGGUAUAGCCAUGAGUAGGAACACCAUCGCUUGUGUCAACCCAGAUUGUGGGAUGAUAAUGCCAACAAAAGCAGAACAAGUUAUAUGGGAGAUACAUAAAGACCCGCGAGACUGUUCCACACGUUUGUCUCGGCGUACUGAUCCCAAAUUUGGAGCAUGCCCGGCUGCGACGAAGCUCAAAUUGCCAGAGCUCCCUAAGCGAGCAAAGCAAUUGAGAUGUGGUGAAUGCGGUGAGGCCUUCACUGAUGCAGACGAUCUUCAAUCGCAUCUAGCUUGUCAUACACGGCCAAGAGCUUUAGUUAGGCCUGUGAAAGACACGAUCACUCCUUCUCGACUCCCCACCAGCUCCGGUGAACCACGGCAACCCGAUGGAUCACUUAUCAGCCUUACUGGUGAUAAAGUCCACAGAUUUGAUAGACCUAAGGGAUCAACUUCGCAAAGAGAAGUCGUGUCGGCUGGGCAGCAUGACAACGUUUUUAAAUAUGAGAUCUCGCAACGUCUCCAGCAUUUGGAGAGAAUAAAGUCGACCAUAGAAGAUAUAGAAGAGAUUGAGGGAUCAGCAAAUCUGUCAAUGCGUCACAUGAAUCGUGCUCAAGAUAGUUUCGUCGAUUUCCUCAUGCGCGAGUUUCUCAAGGUCUACGAUGGCAAUAAUCUUUUUGAAAAGCACACUUCAGACCGUGAAGAAUGCCAUGAUCAGGAUGGUGAGGAGCGAACACAAAGCUCUCAGCAGGUCAGUCUACCAACGGGUAAUGGUGUAACUUCAAAAGGUUUUACAUCAGUUGGAGUCAAGCACAAGCGUGAUACCAGCGAUGAUGAGCGGAAUGAAGAAGAUGAAGAAAGUCCAAAACGACCUCGAUCACAAGGUCCUCCCACGAAAACUGAUAUGUCCACUUUGAAGUUCGCUUGUCCCUAUCGAAAACGCAAUCCCCGAAAGUAUUCCGUGGCUGCUGGUUGGAGGACUUGCUGUUUAACGCCUUCGGAGUCAAUUGCUAGACUUAAGCAACAUCUAUACAGACAUCACCGAAUAUAUCCUUGCGAGCGUUGUAAACAACUCUUUUCCGGUGAUGUUCAGGCUUCUCACCAUUUACAGAAUGCCGAAUGCGAGAGAAACGAUAGUGAACUUCCGGAGGGGCUCACGUUAUCAAUGGAAAGGCAGCUAAAGAAAAGAAAGAAGUCAUUCAAGGGACAGACAGAUGGGGAAAUAUGGGAGGAGAUAUUCAGAACACUUUUCCAGCUCUCACCAGACGAUGAGGUACCCAGUCCUUAUUUUGUUGACAUCGAAAACUUCCCAAGAGAAGUACCAUCGUACGAAGAGUACAGCCGACGUGAGCUACCUAGGGUCUUCCGAGCAGCCUUAGAAGCUGCUGUGUGUACGCCUCAGCUCAGAGAUCAAUUACACAUGUUGAUAGAAGACUGCCAGAACCAUGUUUCUUCCGCAUUCUAUGCAUCACCUGGCUCAAUAACGAGUACGCCAGCAUUAGCCAUGGCUGAUACUCAAACACCAAUGACUGAACCGUCUCCGUUCCCAGCCACACCGCUGGCGAUCCAUCCGUCGAGACAACAAGAGCAAGCUCGAGAAGGUAUACUGGAGCCGCCGGAAAUUUCGAAGGCUCCAGUUGACCGUUCCGCUUUUGAUCACAUUGGGACGCUGGUCAGGGUUCCAGAAGAGGCGCUUGGGUUUUAUUCUGAACCGUCCAUACAAAUACCGAACACAACAGAAGAUAUUUUCUUCGGCUCCUCUAUGGAUGCAGAGUGGUUAGACGAUGAGUCCUACAAUGCUGGUAUGACCAACGAACAAAUGGAUGCGAUUAUUGCCGACAUGGAUUGGAAUCCCGACAAGUCAAAUACUACAGAUUUUGGAUCGACCACCUUUGAAAUGGUUGAUUCGUUGGUAUCCCAUGUUAGGCAGGAAAAAGACCCUACUCAAUCAUCUGAAAGUAUGAGUGUACCAAUACUUGAUACUUAG